UCGUACGAUACUUCGCGUAUUUGUGCGAAUUUUAAACUUUAAUUCGUGUAUGCGGUGUACACUAAAUGAACCUUCCAUGAUUAAUAUUAUACUUCAUUGCACCAGCACACACAGUUAUAAUUCCUAUAACUUAGCCGAGUAUUUUUAAACCGGACGAAAGUGUUCGCAAAAUAUUGAAUAAACACUUAAAUAAUUAAAAUCGUAUUAUUGCUUGGAUCUAAUGGGAGAUAGAGAUUGGAGGCCGUUCAUCUACGGCGGUCUGGCAUCGAUCGUUGCAGAAUUUGGAACAUUUCCCAUCGACACAACAAAGACCCGCCUGCAGAUCCAGGGGCAGCAGAUUGACUCGCGCCAUGUGGAGCUGCGCUACUCGGGCAUGGUGGACUGCUUCGUCAAGACCAGUCGCCAGGAGGGCAUCAAGGCCCUCUACUGCGGGAUAUGGCCGGCGGUCCUCCGGCAGGCGACGUACGGCACGAUAAAGUUCGGCACGUACUACUCGCUGAAGGCGGCGCUGGCGGCGCGGCGCGCGGACGGCGGCGCGGUCGAGCACCUGCCCACCAACACCUUCUGCGCGGCGCUCGCGGGCGGCUUCUCCAGCGCCAUAGCCAACCCCACCGACGUGCUCAAAGUGCGCAUGCAGAUGGGCUCGGAGAAGCGCGCGCUGGCGCGGUGCUUCUUGGACAUGUGGCGGCGCGAGGGCGCGCGCGGGCUGUGGCGCGGCGUCGGGCCCACCAGCCAGCGCGCCGCCGUCAUCGCGGCCGUCGAGCUGCCCGUCUACGACGCCUGCAAGAAGCGCUUCCUGCCGGCUCUGGGCGACACCCCCGUCAACCACUUCGCGUCCAGCUUGCUGGCCAGCUUGGGCAGUGCCGUGGCCAGUACGCCGCUGGAUGUGAUCAGGACGAGAAUGAUGAACCAAAGAAAAGUGAAAGGCCACGUGAGCAGGCCGGCCGAGAAGAUAUACACCGGCACCAUCGACUGCUUCUUGCGGACGGUGCGCAGCGAGGGUUUCCCGGCGCUGUACAAGGGGCUGGUGCCGACGUGGCUGCGCAUGGGGCCCUGGAACAUCAUCUUCUUCCUCUGCUACGAGCAGCUCAAGCAGUUCUACUGAACCGUCC